AAAAGUACAAUACAGAUAAGUAAGAAAAGUGAAAGAAAAGGCUGAUAAAAUCCUGGCUAAAGACAUUGGAGACAUUACCAUAUGAUCUAAUGUGGGUGUCAGCCUGGAUUGUGUUCAUUGAAGGAAACUGUAUUCUCUAACAGUGCUUGGGAAUAGGAGCAGGAGGGUUUUCACCAAGUGACAGUCGCUCAGCACUGGGUCUACCUCCUCCUCCUCUGCACACCUGUAAGAUCCUUUUGUCUGGACUGAAUAUUUAAAUUACAUCUCUACUUUGAAAGUUCUUCUUGCAAAUCCCAGGAUUACAAGGUUACAUUACAGUGCCAGUGCUAAAUGAUCUGACAGUAUGAGGGCAGCUAUCAUUCUCACUUUGUUUGUCACAUUCUGCUAUUCCAAGCCCUUCCACCAAAGAGGCAUAUUUGAUUUUAUGCUUGAAGAUGAUGGCUCUGGUAUAGAUAUCAAAGAGGAUUUAGAACCAGUUGGACCUGUGUGCCCAUUCCGCUGCCAAUGCCACCUUCGUGUUGUCCAAUGCUCUGAUAUUGGACUGGAUCAAGUGCCGAAAAACAUUCCUCCUGAUACCACUUUGCUUGAUUUGCAGAACAACAAAAUCACAGAAAUUAAAGAUGAUGAUUUUAAAAACCUCAAACAGCUUCAUGCAUUAAUCAUUGUUAAUAAUAAAAUCAAGUCAAUAAGUCCUGGUGCUUUUGCUCCUCUGACAAAACUGGAACGACUGUACUUAUCAAAAAAUAGCCUAAAAGAGCUUCCAACCAAUAUGCCAAAGUCACUUCAGGAAUUACGUGCGCAUGAGAACUUGGUAACAAAAGUAAAGAAGUCCGUGUUUGAUGGGUUAAAUAACAUGAUUGUCAUUGAACUAGGCACAAAUCCAAUAGAUAGCUCUGGGAUUGAAAAAGGAGCUUUUCAAGGCAUGAAGAAACUAUCCUACCUCCGAAUUGCAGACACUAAUAUAACCAGCGUUCCUAAAGGUUUGCCAACUUCUCUAACUGAGCUGCAUCUUGAUGGUAACAAAAUUUCAAAAGUUGAUGCUGACAGUUUCAAUGGACUGAACAACCUUGCAAAAUUGGGGUUGAGCUACAACAAUAUCAAAACUGUGGAAAAUGGGUCAAUUUCUGAUGUACCUCAUUUACGGGAGCUACAUUUAGAUCACAACAGUCUGACACAGGUGCCUGGUGGGCUCAAUGAACACAAAUACAUCCAGGUUGUGUACCUCCACAACAACAAAAUUGCUGCUGUCUCAACAACUGAUUUCUGCCCCACUGGAUACAACACAAAGAAGGCUUCUUAUACAGGCAUCAGCCUUUUCAGCAAUCCUGUUCAGUACUGGGAAAUCCAGCCAGCCACAUUCCGAUGUGUAUAUGAACGCUCUGCUAUUCAAAUUGGAAACUACAAGUAAAAAUGAUUUGCUGGCCAAUGUUUUUUAUUUCAAUUAAAUGUUCCUUUGUUUGUCUGCAUAUUUGUUUCAAAAAAACCUUAGCAACAAAUAAAAAGUCAAAUACUGGAAAUGGCCCCAAAUAAUAAUUUCAUGUUUCAUGAAACAUUGGCUUCUCGGAUCAAAAAGGGGAUUUGCUAGUGAUGGAGUUCAUGAUGCAUACCCAUUGUAUGAAGGCAAUUGAUAUUGCAUGAAACAUGGACUUUUAUUGAUGUACAAUAUUAAGACAUUUCAUAUUAAUUAUAAAUACAAAGAAAAAAUGCAUGCAUUAGUCAAUCAAGUGUGAGGCUCUUGCACAAAAAAGAAGAGAGAAGUUUUAAUAAUGUUUAGCUUUCAACCACUAAAACAUUGCAAAAGUUGGUCUUGAAUAAACAGAUGUAGUCAGAGUCAAAGUUUGAUUCUAUCUACUUUGCCUUUUGGGAUAAUUUACUAAAGUGUGUAAAAUAUACUCCAAUUACAUGUAUGUUUUCUAAAUCUGCUUUUCUGAAUUUUUCCUUAAAUUGAUUGGUCUUUUGGCAUCAGCACAGACUUGUUGAGUUUACACCUUUUAUUAAGUUAUUCCCUAAAUUGGCCAAAAGUGAGAAAUCCUGCAACUUUUUGAAAUAACGAAAUCUAUACUGUAUAUGUAAUUUUAAAAUUCAGAAGAGACAGAAUUAACAUACAUAGCACGAUGGUUGAUAAUAUUUUAAAUUGACAACAUUUUAUUCAUUUAAGGAUAAGUCCUCUAAACCAAAAAUUAUUAAAUUGUUCUGAUGGGUGAAGUCUUUCCUCUUGAGAUCUUACUGUUGUAGCAUUCAUAUUUAUACCCCUGCCAAGUUCUUUACACACUGGUCACGCUCUUACCACUGAAUUAUUCAUUUAUCAGUUAGUUUAUAUAAUUGGGGAUUGAGCAGGAGGGUCACAGUUCCUCAAUCAGCUUUGUAAUGACUAUAGUAGAGCAAAGAUUCUGGAUUUGGAGUGUGAAAACCGUAAGAGAUGUAUGAAAGCCAAUGGAUGGUUCAAGCCAGUGGUAUCCACCCAAAACCCCACAUUUCCAUUUAGUAUUUUGUAUUUCAAUAGGUUAUAAUAAUGGAACACGUCAAGCACAUUAAAGAUGGAUUUUCACUGCAAACAGCCUGUAAUAUCCACAAGAAAACAAGGAAUUGACCAUACAUAGAGGGUACCAAUGAUUACCUUAGGAGACCAGAAAUACAUGCUUUGGAGUAAAGAAUAAUUUGGUCAUUUCAGAUUGUUUUCUGUGGAUGUUGCAAUAGCAAGCUAAUGAAUCAUCUUAGUGCUAAUGGAGAGAGUGUUUCAGACAGGACAGCACUAUGUAAGUGCAUGCCAGUUCUUCUUAUUAGUUCAUUGAGAAAUUAGACCUCUUUAUGUCUACCUGUCUAAAUUUGUAAUGUUCUGAUAAACAGGCAAUGCAUAUUUUGCAUAACAUUAACAUGCCAUAAUUUUUAUUUUAUAUUAGUAUGUAAUAGAUAAAACCACAUUCAUAAUUUGUCCCCCUAUAUACUUCCCUACAUAAAGGAUGAUUUAGUUCCAAACGUACACAUGAAAUAUGUCCUAUGCACACAUCCUUCAGUUGUGUAGUGUUCUAUAUAACCCAACUAGCUAUUGUUCUCACUUUAAAUAUUGUAGUUUAGAAAGUUUAUAUUAAAACUACAAAUUAAGAAAUUUGAACAUGUAAUGAAAAACCAGUCAACUAUGCAAAAAUCAACAUUAUGCUGAUGGCUAACAUGGACCACUGAUAUUCAUUGUAAAGUUCUCCCUAGGAUUUGUGGAUUGGAAUUAGUUAGUACACUAAAUCCAUGGAAUGUUUGGAUAUUCUACUGGUUUGCAGUGUAUAUUGAUAUUGUUCAAAGUCAUAGUCAGUUACAGAUAUACUGUACAUGUCUGUUAGAUGUAUGUGUGUUACAGUACAGUAUUGUAUUGUAAGUGGAACUGUUAAGUUUUUAAUAAGGAAUAAUUUGUAAAGUGCAUUAAAAUGUCAAAAGCUCACACAUGUUGAAUUUUGUAAA